CUCCGUCGCGCUAACUCCACCGCCGCCGGACUGAUUCUUGGAGGGUUGAUUCUGGCGCACCGGUUUGACGGAGAGGCAAGGUGGCGCAGGGCAGGGUGUGGAUUGAAUCUGGUGCCAUCGUCCGUCCCCGAUUCGCCCUCACUGCAGGCAGGGCAGGGCGGCAGCGGCAUCAUAAAUUCAAGGCUUCAUCUUUCUGCCGAAACUCUUCAAGGACGCUCGAUUGGUGAACACAGAGCUGCAGCAGGAGGAGAAUUAUUAGAUAGAUUACUGUGUUAUUAUUAUUAGGUCUUCUGUCAAGUCGCAGUGGGGAUGUCUAAUAAGCGCCGGGGACAUGCCGGCGAUGGUGGUGAAAAGAGGUCGCGGCGGCUCAAGCAUCUGUACCUCGUGUUGGAUGACUGGACCAAGGGGUACAGCAUCCACAAGAUCCAAGCCGACAGCUUCGACUUUGACUCUGACUCUGAUGACCAGCACAGCAGCGCUGCCCGGCACCUCCCGGAGCCUCCGACCCUGCGGUUAGAGUGCCCGGUUGGCACUGUACCCCAUCCCGGCAUGUCGUUCUCUGCCUUGGGCACCAAGAUCUUCACCUUCAUGAACCAGCGAUGCAGCCUCAUCUACGACACCAAGACGGCCGCAAUGACGAUUGGCGCCCAUGCCCCUGCUGACAUGGUCUGUGGCUUCGGCAUCACCGUGGUCGUUGGUGAGAUGCUCUAUGCAUUAUCUUACCACUUCCGCGUGAAACAACACUCCUUUGGGGUCAUGUCAUGGGGGUCCACCGCCCCGGAUGUGCUGCAACAUCCAACCGAGGGCUGGUCCUGGAAGACUCUGCCGCCACCACCGCCAACGUUCCACCGCCGAGUCAACUCCUAUGCACUACACCCGGAUGGAUGCACCAUCUUCAUGUCCACAGCUAACUUCAUGACGGCACCUAGCAAAGGUUGCAUGGGCACCUACUCAUUCAACACCAAGGAUUCUGUGUGGAGAUGGCAUGGGGAGUGGGCCUUGCCAUUCACCGGCCAAGCUCACUUUGACAGGGAGCUCAACGCUUGGGUUGGCCUUGGGUGGGAUGGCUACAUCUCUGCUUGCCAAGUUGCCUCCCCCAGCUGCCACAGCACGACUCCAACGUUGCAGCUGGACUGCCAGACAACCAAGGAGAAGUUGUUCUGCAAGGACCGGAAGCCGCACAUGGGAGCCUCUCUCACCUACAUGGGCACGAGCAAGUUCUGCCUCGUCGAGUGCGUGAAACGGGAGCGAGUGGAGGAGGAACAGGAUCUCGGAGACCAUGAUGGCUGUGUGCUCCAUAUCACCAUAUUUGGGCUCAAGUUCAAUCACAAGGGAGAGCUGCGGAUCACAGAUCACCGCUCCACGCGCUCCUUCAUAGUGUCUAGUCAUAAAGAUCACUUUAUGCCUGUAGCAUUUUGGAUGUAGAAACCCGUUUGGCUUGUUCCAAAAUCCUUGCUUGACUGUCACUGGUUCAUGUUGUGCUUUGUCCUCCUAGAAAGUGGAAUCAAUAAAAAGUUCUGUUUGCUUGGAAGUUGUGCGAUACUUGAUCCGUGUAUUCUAUUUUUUGGUAUGCUAGUUAUUGAUGUACUCCCUUCGUCCAAAAAAUAAGUGACUCGGUUUUGAGUCACUUAUUUUGGGACGGAGGGAGUAUUGUCACUAGAUCUCUUGCUGAAACAUAUAUAUGUGGGAAGAUGCCAUGGUCCUAUGGUUGAACAAAACUAACUAGAUCUCAU